AUGUCCUCCAUCAAUCAGUCAAUCCCAAUGGCCGAACAAGACCCUCUUAUCCAGGCUCUCCCCCCGGCCACCGACUACCUCACCUACCUCACCUUGCUCGAGUACCAGUUGACCCCCGCGCGUCUGCCGAUCCUCCACAAGCUCCUGCAAGAUGAGGUUCUCACGACGAAUAUCGGCUGGGACCUGGUAAAGAUCCUCCUCCCUAUGCUUCCAGAGUCCCAGGAGUGUCUGAAAGAUGUCGCGCGACUUGGGAAUCCUAGAGAGGUCAUCUUACGCGUAUCCGACGCUCUCAUGCAGCUACACCCCGCCGAAGACGAGGAGGAGGACACAGACAAGCAAAUGGAGAAGCAACUGCAGGGCGUCAACCUGAGCAACAGCAAUGAACAUGCAGAGACAGGGAGCGUCCCGCUUCACGUCACCAAAUUCAACACUCUCGUUGCGAUGCUCUCGACCCUGCACUCGCGAAUCAAGACCAAAUCGCCCAGUCGGUUCCUUGCAACGUCUCUCCAGGCUGCGCUGGAAGCAUACAACUCAAUGCCGACGAAUGAGACCACCAUCGCGCUUCUAGAAUUCCUCAGAGAUGUAUCUCCCACGAAGCGACCUCCGCCACCCCCGAGGCAGGUCAGCGAUUCGACGGUGCUGCGCGUCGCCGAAGCAUCAGCCCCGGAUCCCGAAGCGGAGGUCACAUCCGCUAGUCCGGCUCGCGACGAGGAAAGUGCGUUGACUAGGCGGUUCUUACAAUUUGGGCUGAUUGAGCUUCUCAAGUCAUAUCUCUUGAGUUGUUCAGGUGCCAUGGACCCAGGAAUGUCCUGGGGCAUUAGGAUGCAGGAGAAGCUGCAUCCAGAAACGCGCAUGCCGGGAUCUGGAUCACCUAGCAAUGUCUACGUGGAGAAUAAACAAUUGGGCGAGAGGGAUAGCAUAAUUGCAAAGAUUACUGCACUUUCCCAAGACUUUGGCCUGACCGACGCAGAGCUUUUGAAGGUUGUCACACAAGCGCCCGAGACACAACCCCAACCGUUAGACUUUGAAGAACAUCCGAAGAAGGCAGAGGACAUCCCUCUCGAAAGACACGCAGCUUUACUAUUACUCGCCGCCCGGGCAGCGGUCGCGCAGCUGUUCUCCUCUGGAACCAUUCCUCCGAUCAAGGUCUACCCCGACCUAGCCCGUGUUUUGGAUAACUUCGUUGGGAAUUUCGGCAGUUUGGAUGAGGUUGCCUUCGAGCAACCGGAGGUACUCCUUGACUCGCUCCUCGCUCUCGCCGUCCUAUCCCUUAAAGACCCGGUUCCAGCACCGUCAGAUGAAAAGGGGUUCACAGACUUUGUCAUUUCGUUGACAGCGUGUACCGUUCGCCAAACGUACAGUACAGUACGGAGGCUUCCCGAAACUGUUAUCCACGCCAACCCCUCUCAAAUAUCCCGCUUCAAGAUCAUUCGGAAGGUGUUAGAGGACGACCACUAUCGAACGAUCAAGGAUAGGGCAAUUGACUGGCUCAAGAACGAGAUCCUAAUGGCAGCCAAAGAACCUUCAACCUCCGGGUCAAGCAUAUUCCUCAACCCCCAUUACUUCUCCGUCGUCUUCCCCCUUAUCUUCGCCUCUCCCUCUCUGGAUAUAGAUAUAUCCUCUGACCUAUUGACCUCCUGGGUCAAAUUCACGCAAUUACUCAGCCCAUCAAUCCACUCGGCGCUUAACCUCUACUAUGUCCUCAUAUCAUCUAAACAGCUCCGCAGUCAAUUACAGCUAGAAAAGACCUACGCCUACUUCCGCAGCCGAUUCCUCGACCCGGUCAAAUCAACCUGCAGCGCCUUCAUCGCUGACCAGACGGAGAACGGUGGCGACGGAAAGAUCGCAGCCUCAGUGGGUGAGGACGCAGUCAAGAUCGGGACAGCUCGGUCUGUGAAUCUGAUUCUCCAUGUCGUGGAACAAGUCGAAGACGCAGUGAGCGAAGCCUUUGUGUUGGGAGACGCGGAGCUGCAGGAGCCUAGCGCCGAUGAUAUUGCACGUGUGGAUGCGAUCCGGAAGGAGACAACUGUCGAGUAA